GAUUUAAUUUUCAUAAGAGUAACCGUAGGCAUGUUAAAUAUUUUUUUUUUACAACAAAUUAUAUGUAUUAUAUAAAAGGUUGCACAUAAGGCUUGAAGAAAUUACGUUGGUCUGAUUUUCACUCGUUUCUCUUGUAAAAAAAAAGUGUAUGUGGAGGGCAAACUAUUGAGUCUUGCAUCAACUUACCACGUGGACAGUCUUCAAGGUCACCUUCAGAAAUUGUGUUCCAUCUACGAAUAAUCGAGGUCUUGGGUCGAUUUAUGAAUUUAAAAAAAAAUCAUCUUGAUUGUCAUGUUAAAGCAGUUGAAUAAAUAAAUAAAUAAAUUGAAUGAUGGAAAAAAUUUUGAUUAAGAAGAAUAUGAAUGAAAAAAUAUGAAAUUUAUUGCGGAAGUAUCUACUGCAAAGAGAAGAUUCAUUUAUCAAUUACCACACAAUGGUAAUGAUUGAUGAGGAAAGCUGUCAUUGAGAAAACUUUUACUGUGAUAUUGAUAAUUUAAACGCAGUAAUCAAAAACAUCCUCAGAAAAGAAUUACUGUCAUGCAGAGACGUUCUCUGGAUAUUAGUAUUUUGUGGUUUUGCAAUAAAUUAUAUGCUGAGAAUAAAUAUGAAUUUAGCUAUAGUUGCAAUGAUCAUACCACGUACCAAAGCAGCAGCAGUUGCACAAUGCUCAGCACCUUAUAUUGUUUCGACAGGAAAUUGGAAAAAUGACACAAAUAUUAACUCAUCAAUAUUUUCAACAUCAAGCAUUGUUCCAAAUUCUUCGAUAGGACAAUUGUUUGAUUGGGAUGAGUAUGAGCAAGGUCUCGCUCUGGGUGGUUACUAUUGGUUGCACUGGUUGUCGCAAUUACCGGGUGGUCUUUUGGCCCGGCGUUAUGGAACCAAAAUGGUGUUUGGUCUAGGAAAUUUGAUAAGUGCAAUACUUGGGUUAUCUAUUCCAUUUGUUACUCACUACCAUCUGUAUGCUCUGGUAACAGUUAGAGUUUUCCAAGGCCUGGUUUCGGGUGUGAUGUGGCCGGCAAUGCAUGACAUGACUGCUAAAUGGAUCCCGCAGAAUGAAAGAAGUAAAUUUGUCAGUGCAUAUAUGGGUAGUUCCGUUGGAGCAGCUAUUACUUACCCACUUUGUGCGUUUAUUAUUAAUUUAUUAAACUGGGAAGCAGCUUUUUAUGUGACUUCUUUAAUUGCCAUAAGUUGGUACGGAUUUUGGUACUUUUUGAUAUUUGAUUCGCCGAGAAUUCAUCCAAGAAUUUCACAAACUGAGCAAAAGUACAUACUGGAGAACACCGUGGGCACAAUUCAAACAAAAAAUUCUGGUGAAAAAGUUCCAUGGAGCGAAAUUUUAUUGUCUUGGCCACUUUGGGUCACUGUGAUUGGCCAGUGGGGCGGCGCAUGGGGUUUCCUAACUUUCAUGACUCAGGCGCCGUCUUACUUUAAUUUUGUACAUGGCUGGAAUUUAAAAGCCACUGGAUUAUUUUCAGGACUUCCACAUAUUUUAAGAAUGCUCGUCUCUUAUUUCUAUUCGAUUCUAAGCGACUGGUUGCUGCGAACCAAAAAAUUGUCGCUGAAAAACGUCAGAAAGUUAGCGAACAUGGUAACAACCGGUGGCGGAGCUAUUCUGACUCUCGGACUAGCUUUCAGCGGAUGUCAACCAACACUAGCAAUAUUUUUUAUGAUGACAGGAACGGCUGUCAAUGGUGCGGUUUCUGCCGGCACCUUAGCGAAUUUAGUGGACCUGAGUCCUAAUUUCGCGAGCGUCUUGUUAGGAUUUUGCGGACUCAUUACCGGCAUAUCUGGCUUUGUUUCUCCAUUAGUCGUUGGUAUUCUAACAAAUCACAAGCAAACUGUUGAACAAUGGCGGCUAGUUUUUAUAAUUGCCGCUGUAAAUUUAACAAUAAGUGCGGUUGUCUAUACUAUUUGGGGUACUUCUGAUGUACAAUCGUGGAACAAUCGUUCAGAUAAAGUUGAUUCGACUGCUGAAGAACUAGUAAAAUUAAAAGUCAAAGUUAAUAAUGAGCUUAGAGAUGGAGAUAAUUUAAAAAAAGAAAAAAUAAAUAAUGAAAAAAAAUCAAUGGUAUAAAAGUAAUAAAUUAUAAAUAAUAAAUAAUAAAUAAAAAACUUAAUUAAAUGUAUAGUAGGAAAUAAAUAGUCGUUCGUUUGAUGAUAAUUGUGAUUA